AUGAGGGAAGUGAAUUUCAGCAUCCCCAAUGUGAACAAGGCUUCCGUCAACAUCACCACCACGCUCUACGAUCGUCGAGCCCUGGACUGCACUUCGACCCUCCCUCUCAUCAAUUCCCUCAACCACCUCGCCUACCUGACCACCUCUUCGGCUCGAAUCCGAGACAUACUCACCGUCGAUGGCGGCAUUGAGCGGCUAGUAUGCAUCCUCAAGGAGGGCAGGAGCAAGGACUUGAUGGAGAUGUGGAAAUGGAGUCUCGCCUUCCAGUGCGUCGUCAACAUUGGUGUUCGCGGUUCGGAGAAUGUCCGGACAAGGGUUGUCGAGGCCGACAUGGUUCCUGUCAUUGCGACCAUCCUCGAUAACUACAUUAAAGUCGUGGAUAAGAUUCGAGCUCGCGCCGAUGCUGAGCAUCAGCGCUCCUCAGCUUCGAGGCAUCCCAAACCCGCCACUCGCACACGUGAUCCCGCAGUAUCAGCAUCGUCAUCAUCAGGACACUCCCCUGUCUUCGACCGCUCGUCGACUACGGAGCAGCGUCCAUCUCGUCGCCAGGCGCCUCCUCCUUCCAUCGAGAUUCCCCAGCCUUUCAGCCAUGACCACCACCACCACCACCAUGACCACCACCACCACCACCAUCACCACCACCACAACCACCAUCACCACCACCACGCCGAUCCCAACACCACCGACGCCGCCCCGAUACCCCAAGUAGCGUUGACCUCUCCUCCCGAGCGGAUCACGUUUGGCCGCGAGGUUCAUAAUCCAAGGCUCCAUGAUCCUCGAUACCAGCAAGGGGCACACGGCCAUCGGGCGGUGCAGCCUCUUGCGACGGCUGUUCCGACCACGGAUGCGGCCGAUGGAUUCGGCUUGCGACCUGUCCGGGAUGCCGAUCGCCUUCCCAGCACGCUCCCUCGACUACAGACCGGUCACACUUCCCAGCCCGACUCGCCGACGACCCCGAGCGGCCCUGCUGCUCAAGCUAGUGCUGCUCCCCAGUCGACUCCUCGACGGCAACGACCCACUGUCCAACAGCAACAAACCGAAUCGGACGACACCAACGGCGAGGACUCUCCGAUGGCCGAUGAUACGACAUCGGGAGAGGUGGCGGAGCCGAUUGUGGGUGUCCAGAACGGCAUGGAGAUCGAUAAUGUCGGCAAUGGAGAGUCGAUGUUGGAUGAGGUUUCGGACUCGCAUGGCUUGGCCAUGACCGACCCUUCCCGGACGCAAGAUACGGAGUCCUUUAAUAUCAGCCACCGGUCCGUCGUAGACGGCAGUAUGGUCAAUACGGCCAACACGCAGACCACGGGGGCGCUGGGCUUCUCUCCUACCCAGGUUCCCAACAACACCAACUCCCCCGCGCUCACACCCAGCCCCUAUUCGUCAUACCUUCGGAAUCAAAAUACCCCGCAGGCCGUCUUGACGGCGAUGCCUCGGGAUGAAGAUGUCCUGAUGUCCUUGCAACUCCUCGCCUACGUUUCCAAAUAUUGCAACCUCCGAUCCUACUUCCAACAUUCGCAUCUCGUUCCGAAGCUCAAGAUCGGUCGGGAACUCGCUUUGAUCGACGACCCGACCGGGGCGACUCUCCCGCCGGAGGAUCCGGAGGAGGAGCAAGACGAAUAUCUGCUGCCGGACGAUUUCAACAUCUUUCCUCUGGUGGAGAAAUUCACGGUCCGGCACCACUCCAAGGACAUGCAGUACUGGGCGUGUGUGGUGAUGAGGAAUCUCUGUCGCAAGGAUGAGUCGAGAGGGGGAAUCCGCCAGUGUGCGUACUGGAAGUGUGGAAAAUGGGAGGAAUACCAGCGACAGUUUGCGAAAUGUCGUCGCUGCCGUCGCACCAAAUAUUGCAGCAAGGACUGCCAGAAGGCUGCGUGGGUCUAUCACCGUCACUGGUGCCAUAGCACGCCAUAA